AUGCGAAUAUGGGACGCCCAACAUGCCCAGGGACCCUUAGCCGAUACCAAGUGGCCCUUGCAGGAUCUCAACUGGAACCACCAGCAACAAGAUCAUCGAACCAAUAUGCAGGAUUUAAGGGGCCCUCUGCCUCCUUCCCUGGGCCCUCUGCCUCAUCCCCGAGCUCCUCUGGCUCCCUAACAGGGCCUUCUGUCUCCUCCCCAGGGCCCUCUGCCUCCUUGCCAGGGUCCUCUGCCUCGUCCCCAGGCUCUUCUGCCUUCUGCACCAGGUCGUCUCCCUUCUCCCCAUCCUCUUCCUCUGGGCCCUCUGCCUCCUGCUCUGGGCCCUCUGCCUCCUCCCCAGGGCCCUCUGCCUCCUCCCCAGGGCCCUCUG